GUCAUUUCAUUGCAUUUUCUAAUGUUUUACUUGCAAGUUGUCCUGAAUAGCAGUGAGCACAUCGGAUUUUGAGAGAGUGCUGUGGAUGCCAGUCACAAAGUGGGUGCCAGGAGUUGAGUGCUGCAUAACACAAAAUGGCUGCCACAUCUUAAAGAGCAGAGAAAUUGGUGCACAAAAUGUUGCAGGCAUGCCCCUGCAUCAGCCACCCUCACCAGUGAGAGAGAAAGGGAACUACACCUGCCACCAUCCCACUUCACUUGCUCUGAAAGAGAAGCCCUGCGCACCUCCCCUUUGUUCAGAAGAGAAAGUGGGCAUCCACUCCUGUCACCCACUGCAAAGUGGACAUGUUUGGAGUGGUGAGAGUUCAAUGUAACAAGAACUGAGCAGGAAGAGCAAAAGUCUUUCAUACACUUUGGAUUUGUGAGGGGAUAUUUACUGAGACCUUUCACAGGUGCUGUAAGAGAUACUGGUAGGUACACUGCUGCCCACGGGCACCAUGCUGGGGACCCUAAGAAGGCUGGCAUAUAUAAUCCUGAAUUGCAGCAAUUAUCUAACUGACAUGGUGAGAUUCUAGGUGUUUCCUCUUAUAUUCAGCCCAGGCAUAGAGGGGAAAUAUAAUUUUAAAAAAGAAAUACAAAAACAGUCAACAAGAGGGGCAGCCACAGCAUGUUUGGAAACAGGCCAGAAAUCCGCUGCGAGGCCAGCGAAGGCGCUCACCGGCCACGCGGACACAGAGGCAUCCGGGCCACGCAGGCAUUUCUGAUGGAAGGAAGGGGGACACUGAGGCAGAGGCGGAAGCCAAGGCCAGAGUCCGGGGGCGGAGCGCUGUGCUGGGACGCCCGGCUCUGUCAGAGGGAAGGGAGAGGAGAGGGAGGCUGGCUGGCUUCACUUCCUCGCACGGCAUGUGGGGCUCAAGGAAAGACGCGUCUUUGGUGUGAGCCGAGGGGUGCCAUGUUUCAAAAAGUAAAAACCUGGACCCCCCCCCCAAAAAAAGUUGUUGUGGAGCUUUUUUAAGGAAGACCCCAACGUUGCUGAGCUCUUCUUCUUCUCUAUACAAAAACGUCACAAAACACCGCGAUUUGUCGAUUGCUUUGUCUAAGAUCCCGGACGUAAACCCCGCCCUUGACAUCACUUUUUGUCCGGGAAAGUCCGGACGCACGGCAGCCCAAUGUGAGCCUGUCAGAAAUGAAGGCGUGUCAGGACUCGGGCUGUGAUCUCCUCACACGUGUUGGACUCCCCUCCCGUCUGGGCUGCUGGGCAUUUUGUUUGGGAGAGCAGCUGGAGCUUCCCGGGAGGCAGGCCGCGCUCUGCUACGGCCGGGCUGACCACUCCCAAGGAACGCCCUCCGGCUUCAAGAUGGCGCCUCCCGCCCGCCGCCUCUUCGGCCCGGCCAUUCUCGCGAGGGCGCUGCUGCCCUGGGCCCGCCCACAGGGCGUCGCGACCAAUGGGGGCUUUGUUUUAUUUUUAACACCGGAACUAGGUGGGCGGGCGUCGUCUUCGGCGGCGAAGUGAAGGGCAGGAAGCGGAAGAGAUCCUGUGGGGAGGCUGCCUCUCUGCGCCUCUCUCUCGCUCUGCUCUGAGGGUUGCCAUGGCGUCAAGGUUACUGCGGGUGUGCGGGGCCCUGCGAGGCCUCAGCGCGGGCCGGAGUCCCCUGGGCCGGGGGCCGCUGCGCCUGACGGGGGCCGCCCGCUCCAUGGGCGCCGGAGGUGAGCGGCGGGACCUUGCUGGGGUCUCUCGGCCGCGACUGCGACGGGGGCUGCGCGGAGGGCCUUGGUCUCCCGGGGGGGGGGGGGGCGGGAAGAUGCGAGGGGAAUGCGGGCCGCGUUGGAGGGACGUUUCAGGAGAGCAGAAACAGGGACGACCCUCACUCUUCUCCAGGGUCGCCUCCUGCCAAGGGACCCAGUGACUCUUACCUUGCCGUUUUAUAUUGCUUCCGUUUUCAGUUUCCUAAAAGUAGCAGAGUAGAAGAGAAAGUCCCAGGUCUCCGUUUUUAAUUUUGGGGGGAUUUGCCGGACUGCACAAAAACCUUAAACAUGGCUCAGUCCAGAACGGAGAUAUUUCAAAACUAAAAAUACCAAUCUCUUCAGAACUUCAUAGGCUUUAAUAUGAUUUGGCACAUAAAGUUAAGUUACAAAAUUUAUACUUUAAAAAAUGAUUUAAAAAUCAAUAUGGUUAAAAAUCCACCCCCCCUCCAAAUGUAUUAAUAUUUCAAAGAGCUUCCUGCAAAAUUUCAACUUGGGAUCUCAAAACAGAUAUAGGGCCUUCUCUUGUACUACUUUUAGGAAACAGAAACGGAAAGCAAUUUAAAAUGGUAUGAUAAAAGUCAUUGGAUCACUUGACAUGGACUGGACAAAGUGGUAAAUGCCAGGGGCACAGAUGCCAAGAGGCUCACUGGUAGUAAAACAAAUAUUUUGUGUCUUCCCUGAGAUAGGGAAGAUUCUUUCAUCCCAACAGUUCACUGUUGUUCUCUAUCCUAGGUAUUCCCAGUGAUGAAGAACAGGCUACAGGAAUGGAGAGGAAAACCAUGAAAGCUUUAGAGAAGGGGCUGGUGAGUAAAAACAAGCAAGGGAAAUGACCUUUAUUGAUAAAACUGUGUGCUCCUUUAGUAUAAAUGGUAAAAAACUGGUAACUUCCCCCAGAACACUGGCACUUUUACAGUGGUACCUUGGUUUACGAACUUAAUCCGUUCCGGAAGUCCGUUCUUAAACCAAAGUGUUCUUUAACCAAAGCGUGCUUUCCCAUAGCAGCGGGGGACUCAGUUUACAAAUGGAACACACUCAACAGGAAGCGGAACAUGUUCUGCUUACAAGGCAAAGGUCACAAACCAAAACACCUACUUCCGGGUUUGCAGCGUUCUUAAUCCAAGUUGUUCAUAAACUAAGCUGUUCUUAAACCAAGAUACCACUGCAAUUGGAUCACUUAGAAUACUUUAGACUUAAAAAUGAAUUUAUUAGGUAGCAGCAACAGCCUGUUCCACUAAACAUUUUCUCUCUUUAUUCAGUAUUCAGCUAAAUGGAAAUCAAUUGAGUAGAUCCCCCACAAUAAUUUACUGAUGCUCGUUUUUAGUUUUUUCCCUUUUGUAUCUGAUUUUUUAUUAUUUUACUCUAUUGUUUUACAAUGUUGUAAACCACUGCAAUAUAUUUUUAUGAUACAGCAGUAUAGAACAUUUUAUAAAUAAAUAACAUUCUGGUGCUUCCAUCAGAUGAGAGAUGGAGACUGGUUUUUAUCUGCUUCAUAGUACAGUACUUGAACUGAAUCUGAGAAACUGUCAGGUUUGCUGGGCUGGGUGUGGUUGAGUUCAUAUCUUGGCUUGGAAAUCAGGUAUUUUAGUGACAAACUUAUACAAAUAGAAUAACUGGCUGGAGGGGGGGAUGUCUAGGGCAUUCGGCUGCAAGCUGAUUUGCUGCCACAAACCUCAGGGGUGGGAAAGGCAAAUAGUCAGUUACUGGGAACAUGUGCAGUAAUUUUUUUUGGUUUCUAAAGUGGUCUUCAACUCUCCUGCUGCUUGUAGGAUCCUUACAACAUGCUACCACCCAAACGAUAUGCUGGAACAAAGGAAGACCCCAACAUAGUCCCUUCAAUUACAGACAAGAGGCUUGUGGGCUGCAUCUGUAAGUCUCUCUUAAAUACAGAAAUAGCUUCUGGCUCAGUGCUGUUUGUUCACAUCAUUUCAAGGGAACUUUCUUGUGCAGUCACUUAUCUGUAUGUGAAAUCACUGUUGCCUGGGGGGGGGAAGCAUCUCAUUUGUGUUGAACUUCCUUUGGGUAGGCGGGAAGAAUAUGGCUGAAGAUGUGACAUGUUUGAGUUGGAACAUCUGCAAAAUUUGUGAAGGCAAAUUGUUGGCUUGCCUGCAGAUGCAGCUGAACUCUUAGACAUGAUCAGUGUAACAAAACAAGCCUCAUAAAUGGCCUCUGCCUAAAGUAGUUUCUUUAAUAGCUUGAGUGGCUAUUAAAUUCACUCUUGGUGAUUUAGUUUAUUAAUCAACUUUUUCUUUGUGCUUGCUCUUUUAUUGAAUCAACUUGUAUUGCCUAGAUGCAACCCCCUGUCAUCAUUCCUAUGUACAUUUUGCCAAUGUGUCUGCAGUAUCUUGCCUAAUCUACUUUAUCCCACACAUUGCAGGUGAAGAGGACAACAGCACUGUGAUCUGGUUCUGGCUGCACAAGGGAAAUCCCCAGCGCUGCCCCUCCUGUGGAGCCCAUUACAAGUUGGUUGGCUACCAAUUGCCCUGAUUUGGCUUCAAAGCUUUGCUGAGCUCUCUCCAUUUAUGAUUUCUGGAUACAGGGCUGAGCUACGUAGCUGUUUAUGUCACGAUGUAUCACAUUCCUUGAAACCUAAUAAAGUCUUUGACUCAUUGUGUGAAUGAA